AUGUUGAUCACCGAAUCAUUCCAUGAUGUUAAAACAUCUUAUGGAACUACCAUGAGAUUAUAUGUGUUCCAUCCUAAGAUCCCUAAUUAUCCUAAUGUUAAGUUUCCAGGGGUGGUAGUUUGGUCAGAAAUCUACCAAUGUAGUGCUCCAGUUGCAAGAUUCUGUAAAGAUAUUGCCGGUCAAGGUUUUAUUGUUGUCUGCCCUUCAAUUUAUCACAAUUUUAUUGAUCAUGAACCUUUACCUUAUGAUGUCAAAGGAACUGAUAUGGGGAAUGAAUUCAAAAUCAAAAAACCUUUGAAAUCUUAUGAUGAAGAUUCUACUUUAGCCAUUGACUAUUUAUUAUCAUUGAAAACUUGUAAUGGUAAGAUUGGAUCUUCAGGUAUGUGUCUCGGAGGUCAUUUAGCUUUCAGAUCAGCUUUGGAUCCAAGAGUCAGUGCAGCCGUAUGUUUCUUUGCUACUGAUAUUCAUAGCCAUGCUUUGGGUGAAGGUAUGAAUGAUGAUUCUUUAGAAAGAUGUGGAGAAAUCAAAGGAGAAAUCAUUAUGAUUUUUGGCUGUAAGGAUAAUCAUGUGCCUUUAGAAGGAAGAGAUUUAAUUAGAAGUGAAUUAAGAAAGAAAGAUGUUGAGAUGACUUUCAUCGAAAUCAAUGAUGCCCAACAUGCUUUCGUUAGAGACGAAAUGAGUAAAGGUAGAUAUGAUCCUGCUACUACUAAAAAUUGUUUCGAAUGGUUAAUGGAAUUAUUCAAUAGAAAAUUAAAAUUGGAGUAUGGUGAACAUGAUGGAGUUGCUACCAAAAUCGAUAACGUGUGUUAG